UGAUGGAAAGAAAGAAGAUGGGAGGGGAAGGAACAGGAGAAAGAUUUUAUACCUAGCUUGCGGGCAGCGGGCUAUUGCCUGUCAGCCUUCCCAAUCAAGCGAUACCUUUUCUCCCCGUAUCGUUUGCCUUGCUUCAUUCCCCUCCUUCCAAUACCAAUUGCCCGUCGCCAUCUGCAAAAUGCCAUCCCGACACGCCCGCUAGCCUAGUGGGCACUCGGCCAAAGCCCAAAGGGAUUAUUUCCUCGUGCUCGCGGCGUGCCUGCUGCACGUCCAGCCACCAGCGGGCAUGAAGGACCUCGUGUCCUGCUUCAGCGAGCACGCCGUGCGGAUCUCCGACGUCGCCUGCUCCGGCUCCGCCGCCGCCAAUGCCGCCGCGGUGGCCGCGGCGACGGCGGGGAGGCCAGCGGACGGUGCCUCCGCCGGAGCGAGCGCCACGGCGGCGAUGAGCGGGGUGACCACCGUGUACCGCUCCCGCCUCUCCGCGUCCGGCAAGGACCUGCUCGUGGACGUCACCUGGUCGCGCUCCCCCGACGGGCCCGCGCUCUCCGUCGCCGUCCACGACGCCACCGCCCGCCACCACUCCGCCUCCGCCGCCGCCGCGCCGCGCCACCUGCACCGGCGGAAGGGGAGCGGCACCUUCACGGCCGGCAGCUGCGUGGUGGGCGUCUUCUGGGACUACGCCUCCGCGCGCUACGACGGCGGGCCCGAGCCCGCCUCCGGGUACUACGUGGCCGUCGUCGCCGACGCCGAGUUCGUGCUCCUGCUCGGCGACAUGAGCCGGGGCUACGUCGAGCGGCUCCACGGCGGGAUACCCGUCGCCGCGUCCCGGAUGGCGCGCCGCCGGGAGCGGUUCGUCGGGUGCGGGCGCUGGUCCACCAGGGCGCGCUUCCUCGACUCCGGCGCCGAGCACGAGAUCGGCGUCGGCCUCGACGGCGACGCGGAGGCCUGGGUGGCCGUGGACGGCCGGAAGGUGGUGCAGCUGCGCCGCCUGCGGUGGAACUUCCGCGGCAGCCACACGCUCUUCCUCGACGGCGGCGCGCCCGUCGACAUCACCUGGGACCUCCACGGCUGGCUCUUCCAGCCGAUCGACCCCUCCGCCGCCUCCUCCAGCGCCGUCUUCACCUUCCACGCCAGGGGCGCGUCCGAGACUAAGCUCUGGACGGACGACGGUGCCGCCAUCACCAGCGGCGAGCAAGAAAACGAGAAGCCUAUGUCGCCGGCGCCGGCGCGCGCCAAGCAACAACAGAAUAAGGAGGCAGCGGGAGCGCCGCCGUCGGGGCAGGGCUUCUGCCUGCUGAUUCAAGGUUUCAGGAGCUCAUCCAAGAUCACUUGAUCUGUAUGUACAUUCCGCAGACAGCCAUUUUUCUUCUUCUUCUUCUUUUUGCUUUGCGUGCUUGGAAUUCUAGGAUCAGUGUACUGAUUGACGCUGGUUGUGAAAUUCUGAGAUGCUUCACCGGAGUGUGAAGCUGUGAAUGGUAGGUAACAGGAGGGGAGGUUAACUGACAUACAGGUCGAGUUGUUUUUCGUUUUUUUCGCUUGCUGGGAUUUGUCACCGUGCUGAUUUAGUGCCUGACUGAAUGUGUUCUGGGUUUCAGAAAUACAAACAAAGGUUGCAACUUUCUAUUGGAA